UUUGUACGAACUUGGGUUGAAUGUGUCAUUCGCUGAGUUUAUCAAAAUCUAAAAAAGCCACUUAGAUGAAGAGUCAUGCUUGAUUUUAUAAAUAUGCAUUUGGGAUCUUGUUUUUUUUUCUUCUCUUCUCUUUUUGUUUUUGUUUCAUUACUUUUAACCUUUGUAUUAUGCACGACAAGUAUCAAUCUCCUUUAACUUCUCGCUAUGCCUCUAAAGAGAUGGCUUAUAACUUCUCUGAAGACAAGCGUUACUCUACUUGGCGUAAACUCUGGCUUAACUUGGCUAUUGCCGAAAAACAAUUGGGUUUGACAGACAUCACUGACGAAGCUAUUGAGCAAAUGAAGGCCAAUCUUUACAACAUUGAUUACAAGGUUGCUGCUGAAGAAGAAAAGAAGCGUAGACACGAUGUCAUGGCUCAUGUUCAUACCUUUGGUCUUGUUGCACCUGCUGCUGCUCCUAUUAUUCAUUUGGGUGCUACUUCAUGUUAUGUUACUGACAAUGGUGAUUUGAUUAUUAUCAGAGACGCCUAUGAUUUAGUGAUCAAGAAAUUGGCUCAUGUGAUUGACAUUCUCUCUCAGUUUGCUCAAGAAUACCGUGCUUUACCUACCUUGGGCUUCACACAUUUCCAACCUGCUCAACUUGUGACUGUCGGUAAGCGUGCUACUCUUUGGAUCCAAGAGCUUUUAUGGGAUUUAAGAAACUUUGAGCGUGCACGCGAUGACCUCAAGAUGCGUGGUGUCAAGGGCACAACAGGUACACAAGCUUCCUUUAUGGCUCUUUUCAAUGGUGAUCAUGACAAGGUGGAGCAACUCGACCAACUUGUGACUGAACUCUCUGAUUUCAAAGAAGCGUAUCCUGUCUGUGGUCAAACCUAUUCCCGUAAGAUCGAUAUUGAUGUCUUGCACCCUCUUUCUGGCUUUGGUGCUACUGCUCACAAGAUUGCUACUGACAUUCGUCUUUUGGCCAACUUGAAAGAAAUCGAAGAACCCUUUGAAAAGGACCAGAUUGGUUCUUCUGCUAUGGCCUAUAAGCGUAACCCCAUGCGUUCUGAACGCGUCUGUAGUCUUUCUCGUCACUUGAUGAUCUUGGUCAAUGAUGCUUUGCAGACCAGUGCUGUUCAAUGGUUUGAGCGUACAUUGGAUGACAGUGCCAAUCGUCGUAUUUCUCUUCCUGAAGCCUUUUUGACGACAGAUAUUAUCUUGACAACACUUCAGAACAUUUGUGAAGGUAUGGUUGUGUAUCCCAAGGUCAUUGAACGUCGUAUUCUUCAAGAACUUCCCUUCAUGGCUACUGAAAAUGUGAUCAUGGCCAUGGUCAAGAAGGGCGGUGAUCGUCAAGAAUGUCAUGAAGAAAUCCGUGUGCUUUCUCAUCAAGCUGCUCAUGUUGUCAAGAUGGAAGGUGGUGAAAAUGACUUGAUUGAGCGUAUCAAACACACAAAGUACUUUGAACCUAUUUGGCAAGAUCUUCCUCAGUUGUUGGAUCCUUCUACUUUUAUUGGUCGUGCACCUGAACAAGUGGAUUCGUUUAUUGAAAAGCAUGUGAAGCCUGCUUUGGCUCCCUAUGCUGAAGCAUUAAAAGAAACUAGCAAGGCUGAAUUGUCUGUCUAAGCUUUUUUUUUUUAUGUAAAUUUUCUUUCUGUACAGUUAUAAAUAAAUAAAUAAGAAAAAAGAGUCUAUGCAAAAGGACAAUCUUUUACAAAGACAACUAUGUUUGUAUCCAACGAAGCGGGCUAUUCCUGUCUUAUGACCAAACAAACAAACACAUUAUACUAUAGCCAAUGAAUACCUGUUGAAUAGACAUGCUUCUGUUAUAGUUUGCAUUGGCCUACAUCUUUAAAAGAAAAAUA